UGGAGGUUGUCAAAUAUUGUUGAAGUUGGCUUUGAAAAUGGCCGAACGCAGGCCGCAGCCGGAGCAAUAUUCUCCUAAAUCGAGUCCAAGAGGGUCUCGCUCACCUGUAGUUCCACGUCAAGAUUCUACUGGAACUUUAAAAACUACCAUAUCUUUGGGAAAAACGCCAGCAAUUGUUCACAGUGGACCUUUCUACUUAAUGAAAGAACCUCCAAAAAGUGAACUGACUGGGGCGACAAAUCUGAUGUCAUAUUAUAAUUUAGAGCAUGCAUAUAACAGAUUUUGUGGAAGAAAAAUGAAAGAUCAGUUGAGUGCUUUUCUGCCAAAUCUCCCUGGAAAUAUUGAUGGACCUGGACAUCUUGAUAACAGUUCUUUAAAAUCGCUCAUUGAAAAACCACCAAUUGGAGGAAAAGAACUUUUACCUCUAACAGGCUCUCAACUAUCUGGCUUCAGACUUCAUCCUGGUCCUCUCCCGGAACAAUAUCGUCUCAUGAGCCAGCAACCUCAAAGAAAGAAACAUAAAGAUAAACACAAAAAGCAUAAACACAAGGCCGGUGAUACUCCUACUCAAGAAUCACAACAAGAAACAACAACUGUUGAAGGACCUCAUGAAAAGAAGCAUAAAAAGCAGAAAAGGCAUGAUGAAGAAAAAGAGAAAAAGAAAAAGAAGAAAGAAAAAAGAAAGAAAAAAAAACAUGUAGAUCCACCAACUGGUACAUCCAUUGCAAGUACACCUGGAGCACUGACUCAUCCUAAUGGAACACCUAAGCCUAUGUGAAUUUCGGAACUCCGAAUUCUGAAAAAGCAUUGAGUUUUAUAUUAUCUAUGUAUUUAUUUUAUCUCUUGUAUAGUAAUAUAUUUUAUAUGUGUUUGAAUAUGUGAAAUGGAAUAAAUCUGUAUAUACACAAGA